AUGCAUAUAGAUGUAGCAUAUUGGGUGCUUCGUUACUUGAAAACCAUGCUUGGACAAGGGCGAACGAAGCAGAGCAAAUUCCGUUAUCUAUCCACACCAAAAUUCAAUCUUUUCGCAUUCUCUCAAUCCUUGAUAUCCAUCGUUUUCUCUGAAUCGGGUUUUUUUGAGAAUUCAUCAGCCAUGGUUUACGAUUCGAUCGCCAACGCUUCGAUCCCGACUGCGGUUUCCAAUCCGAAGGAAAUUAGCAAGAAAAAGCGGGUGAACAGGACUGCCAAAUUGAAGCAGUGCAAGCUUGAUGCUCGUCGUGAACAGUGGCUUUCUCAAGUGAAGAACAAGGGGUUUAAGGAAGAAAAUAAAGGCGAUGUUCGUGCAAAAAUGCCUGCUUCAGACAUGCAUGCCUCAAACGAGGGAGAUCGAUCGCUGGUGAAAUUAGUGAUUAAUCCUGGUGGUGAAGAGAACGAUGGUUUGAUGAAUCAUUACAGCGAUUGGGAGUCGCCUUCCAACAGCCCUACUAGUCAUACAAGCAGCUUGGGAAGUAACAGAUCAGUGGCUAAUUUCACCGGUAGUAGUAGCCGGAGCAGCAGCAGUAGCAGCGGUGGUUGUUAUUCAGAAAGCAUGACAGAAGAAGAUGAUGGUGACGAUGGAUGCUUGGAUGAUUGGGAAGCAAUUGCUGAUGCUUUAGCCGCCGAUGACAUUAAAAACAAUCAUAACCCUAAUCCGGACUCCACAACCGCAUCAUCAGAGCUAGAGCCUGUAGAAACAAUCAAAGAGGAUCAAGAGGAUUCCCAUGCACAAGUGAAUCAUCGAGCCUGGAGACCAGAUGAUGCUUAUCGUCCUCAAGGUCUCCCAAAUCUGCUAAAACAAAACAGUUUCCCCAUGAAUUCAGAUCGCCAUUAUAAGAACGUUGGAUUUGCAUUUGCUCCAUCAACAUGUCCGAUAUGCUGUGAAGAUCUUGAUUUGACAGACACCAGUUUUCUUCCUUGUCCAUGUGGGUAUAGACUAUGUCUUUUCUGCCACAAGAGGAUUCUUGAAGAUAAUGGUCGUUGUCCAGGGUGCAGGAAGCUGUAUGAACAACAUGCAGAACAGGGGAUUGCAGCUUCCAAACUGGGUCGUUCUCACAGCAUGAUCCCCAGGCGUUAG